AUGUUUCGUAAUCAAUAUGAUAGUGAUGUUACUGUAUGGUCCCCACAGGGUCGACUUCAUCAAGUUGAUUAUGCUGUUGAAGCAAUGAAGCAAGGUAGUGCUACAGUUGGUAUUAAAUCAAAUACACAUGUCGUUCUUGUUGCUUUAAAGCGUGCAGCAAAUGAACUUUCAUCACAUCAAAAGAAAAUUUUUGAAGUUGACUCACAUGCUGGUGUAUCAAUUGCGGGACUUUUGUCAGAUGGGCGUAUUUUGGCUAGAUUCAUUCAAUCAGAAUGUUCAUCAUGGAGAUGGAGUUACAAAGAAUCUGUACCAAUUGCUUGUCUUGCAACUCAAAUUCAAUUAAAACUUCAAGCAAAUACUCAAUACUAUGGAAGAAGACCAUUUGGAGUUGGAUUACUUUUAGCUGGUUAUGAUCGUGAUGGAACUCAUCUUGUAAAAACUGAACCUUCUGCUGAGGUAGUUGAAACUUAUGCAUCUGCUAUUGGAGCUAGAUCACAAUCUGCUAGAACAUAUUUAGAACGUCACUUGGAUGAAUUUGCCACAUCUACACCAGAUCAAUUAAUUUAUCAUGCUUUGAUGGCACUUCGUGACUCAUUACCAGCAGAAGACAAUCUUAACAAAAAGAAUACAUCUAUAUCAAUUGUAGGAAAAGGUCAAGAAUUUAAUACAAUGGACAAUGAUCAAGUUGUUCCAUACUUGGAAGCUAUUUCAAAUAUUCCUCGUACAACAACUGGCUCUUCUGAGCAACCUGCUCAAGGUGGAGAUCCUGAACCAAUGCAACAAGACUAA